AAGCCCAGCUGAGCUCAGAGGAGCCGAGUGCUGAGCCCCAAGGGGCCGAGACCCAAGUCGCUGAGGGCCAGGAGCCCCGGGAGGGGCCUCAGGACGAUGCGGAGGACGUGAGCGAAGAGGCCCCGCUGAGGGACCGCUCCCACAUCGAGACCACGCUGAUGCUGAACGAGGACAAGCCCUCGGACGACUACUCUGCCGUGCUGCAGCGCCUGCGGAAGAUCUACCACUCGUCCAUCAAGCCCCUGGAGCAGUCCUACAAGUACAAUGAGCUCCGGCAGCACGAGAUCACAGACGGGGAAAUUACCUCUAAGCCGAUGGUGCUGUUCCUGGGGCCAUGGAGUGUCGGCAAGUCCACGAUGAUAAACUACCUCCUCGGGCUGGAGAACACGCGCUACCAGCUGUACACAGGUGCUGAACCCACCACGUCCGAGUUCACGGUUCUCAUGCAUGGGCCCAAGCUGAAAACCAUCGAGGGUAUCGUGAUGGCCGCGGACAGCGCCCGCUCCUUCUCCCCGCUCGAGAAGUUUGGCCAGAAUUUCCUGGAGAAGCUGAUAGGCAUCGAGGUCCCCCACAAGCUUCUGGAGCGGGUGACUUUCGUGGACACCCCGGGAAUCAUUGAGAACCGCAAGCAACAGGAAAGAGGCUACCCCUUCAAUGACGUGUGCCAGUGGUUCAUUGACAGAGCCGACCUCAUCUUUGUGGUCUUUGACCCCACCAAGCUGGAUGUGGGGCUGGAGCUGGAGACGCUCUUCCGCCAGCUGAAGGGCCGCGAGUCCCAGAUCCGGAUCAUCCUGAACAAGGCCGACAACCUGGCCACGCAGAUGCUCAUGCGGGUCUACGGGGCGCUCUUCUGGAGCCUGGCGCCGCUCAUCAACGUCACGGAGCCGCCCCGCGUGUACGUCAGCUCCUUCUGGCCUCAGGACUACCGGGCCGACACCCACCGGGAGCUCUUCCUGCAGGAGGAGAUCUCCCUGCUGGAGGACCUGAACCAGGUGAUCGAGAACAGGCUGGAGAACAAGAUCGCCUUCAUCCGCCAGCACGCCAUCCGCGUGCGCAUCCACGCCCUGCUGGUCGACCGCUACCUGCAGACCUACAAGGACAAGAUGACCUUCUUCAGCGACGGGGAGCUGGUCUUCAAGGACAUCGUGGAGGACCCCGACAAGUUCUACAUCUUCAAGACCAUCCUGGCCAAGACCAACGUGAGCAAGUUCGACCUCCCCAACCGCGAGGCCUACAAGGACUUCUUCGGCAUCAACCCCAUCUCCGGCUUCAAGCUCCUGUCUCAGCAGUGCUCCUACAUGGGGGGCUGCUUCCUGGAGAAGAUCGAGCGGGCCAUCACCCAGGAGCUCCCUGGCCUCCUGGGGAGCCUCGGGCUCGGCAAGAACCCUGGGAACCCCAACUGUGACAAGACGGGCUGCACGGAGACACCCAAGAAUCGCUAUAAGAAACACUAGGGCGUGGGGCCGUGCCCGGGGCCCGCGGCCGAGGAGCCUGUGCCCUGACUGUCCGGCUCACUGGCCCUUUGGGCCUCGCUGGCAAGAAGCCCAGUGGUACCCGGGGAGCGUGGGAGCUGCCGGAGGCCCGGGGCGGGGGGCGGGGCAGGCAGGCGGGACCCUGGGCAGCCACUCCCACCCUGGAAAGCAGCUCUAUGCUGAGGCUGCAGAGAGCCGGGGGCUGGGCAUCCUCUGCGCCCCCAACCCUGGCCUCCUGUUCUGCCCUGACCCCUUCGUCCCGGGUUGACUUUCUGCAGGGCGAUUGUGGGGGUCUGGGCUCCGGGCCCCUCUUCCCAUUUCCUCAGGGGCUGGGCGGAUGGUCUGGUAUGCCACCCCCCGAGAGAUAACCACGGGUCCCCCGCCGGGAGAAGGGUCUUCCCAGCCACCCCCACUCCCCUAACGCCGCCUCCCAGCCUGUGACCAGUCCCGAGACCGGGGGUGGGGCGUGUGUGUGUGUGUGUGUGUGUGUGUGUGUGUUCAGAGUACUCAGGUCCUUGACUCCUGGGAAAUGACUUGAGGGAAAGUUCUGCAAGGGCUCUGAGGGUGCGUUGGUUUGCAGUGUGUGUCUUUGUCUGUUGCAUGUCUUGGGAAACUCCAGGGGCGCUGGGUCUGAGGACGGUGGCAGCUCACUCCUCGGGGACUCUCAGCGGAGGCUGCUUCCCUCCCUCCUCUGUGCCCCACGGGGCGCCCCAGAUUCCGGCGUGCCCAGCCCCGCCGUGGCCCAGGACCGUGAUGUGACCCUCCAGGACCCUGGCCCAGAGAUCUGGAAGACCCAGAGGCGGGUGGGGCUGGGGGCACAGAGGAAGGGCCAAGGGAGAGCCUGGAGGAGAGAAGCCGAGGGGGAGGCAAGUGGGGGGCGGGGCGGCGCCCGGGCCUGUGCUGCCCACAGGGGCCCGUGUCCGGGGACAGAGGCUCAGUGCCCGUGCGCGAGGCGCAGAGGGAGAAGCAUGUGAGUGUUUGGGCGGAGAAGGCGCUGUCGGCCAGCGGGGUGCGGGCAGAAUCCCUGGUGCUCGCGGGGGCGGGGUGCCUGCGGGGGCCCGCACCGGAGUGUGGGCGAGGCUGAGUCUGAGAAGGUCUGCGGAGAGGUCGAAGGGGGAGCCUUCCUGCCCCGCCCAGCCUCGCGCCCCCGCCCUUGGUGCCCCUCAGUGCCCCUCAGUGCCCCCCGCACCAUUUCAGGGGAAGGAGAGGAGGCACAGCCCUGGGGCCGCGGUGCUGGUUGGUGGCGGCCCUUGCCGCUGCGUUGGGGGAGUGAGGGAGGCUGGGAGGUCGGGGGGGGGGGUGUCCCCCUUUCCCCGGGGGAGCCUCAGUCUCGGCGCAUGCUCCUCCACCUUUUUGUUUUUGUCUUUGGGCCAUACCUGGCCGCGCCCAGGUGCUCCCACGGUGCUGGGGAUGCAACCCUGCCUCCUGCAUGCGGGGCCUGUGCUCAGCCCCCCAGCCGCCCCCGCCCAGCCCUCCGCUCUUCUCCCCUCCACCCACUUUCUCUUGCCCGUCCAGACUUCCGUGUGGGCCCUCCCGGUCUCACCAUCUCACCUGCCCGCAGGCCUGUCGCUUGCUCCCGAGGGCCCAGCUGCCUGGUUGGUGCCCAGCCAGGGGGAGGUGGGUUUCCAGGGAGUUCUGACUUCUGGGGGGUGGGGGAAUUUAGGAUCCGGGGAUAUCCCGAAGGGAGGCUCUCCGAGCAUUAUGUGCCUCAGUGGUGGCUGUCCCGCUCCGUCCCGCUCCAAAGCAAGUUUCCAGCGAGUCCUUCCGGGAGAAUGUCUCAAUAAAGCGCCAGUCCGUCCUCA